AUCUACCUCAACGCUUUAACAGUUAUCAGUAGUGAAAUCCAACGGUGUAAUCCUCAAGAAGUUAAAUAUAAGAAGAAAAAGUUAUUUCUGAAUUUUUAAGUUAUAUUCUGUGAAAAAGAAAAAGCCGCUAGAAAAUGUUUUUCCCUCAGUUUAUCCUACAGAUGCUACAGUUGGCCAACUUACAAAGCUACCCUGUAUCUAAAGCUCAAUGGACAGAAGUGAACAAUCAAGUAAUCCCAGAUAAUACGUUAAUAGUGAACGUCCGAAAUAGAGAAGCCGUCUUCUGCGAAGUUUUCAACGCUGCUAAGGAUUCCUACAUCACCGGAACGAUGGAGAAAUCAGCUAAAACAUGCGAAUACGAAUUAGACGGCAAGUACAAGAGCUCCAGCACCUACAACGUUUUAACGACGCAACCGGGAUUUCAAUCAAGUUGGAAAUAUUCGGAUAAAUUCGUUCCAAGUGGUGCUAUCAAAUGUAACCAGGGGGUUAACUGCUAUAUUGGACAGAGCGUAUACGGUGAUGGAAUUUGCAGCGAAUUACCAGGAAAGAUUUUCUAUAAUCCCGUUUUAAAGAGGUCUCAGAUGAUAAUGGUAAAAGACGGCAAAGUUUACAAAUGUCCCUUUACUACGUACUUAGUUGAAGUAUAAAAUCCGUUCACGUCCAAGAACUCUUUUUAUUUGUUAUUUUCUGUUAUAAUUAUUUGUUGGUACGAAUUGUAAAUAUGUUAAAUGUAGAAUAGAAACAGAAACUUACCUUA